UUAUUUUCUGUUUUUGUUACCCAUAAAACUUUUCCGAAAAUAAAAUUAUAUUUUCCAACCAAAAAAAUAAAAGCCUAAAAAUAGGGGUUUUGGUCACAACACAACCAGGGGCAAUAUGGUCAUGACAAUUCUUAUAUAGCGUAGGCAACCCCUCAAUAGGUGGCUACUUUCAGCUGCUAUCCAAUUUCCACUGUUCACUACUCCAAACUCUCCCUUGCUAAAAUCCUCACUGCCAUUAGCAUCUCUCUCCUAUCUUUCAGAUCUUUUCACCAGCUUCUGUGGCUUGUUCUAACCUCUCCUGCAUGAUAUUCAGUUGCCAUAAUUUUAGCUGGAUAUAAGGGUUUGAAAAAAUAUGCGGUGGCUGAGCUUGUCGAUCGACGUUUUUCGCUAUGUUGUUUCCUUGAAUUUGUACUGCAGGGUUAUUCUAUAAGUUUUGCUCGCUUUGUGUUGAAACCAAAUCAUUUCUUCUGCUAGCCUUUUCUAAUCAGAAAUCCAUGGGAUCCAAUCACUUGCCUCUUUUCAUUUGUUUUUUCUAUAUUCUAUAAAAUUUCCAAAAUAUAGAGCCGUUAUUCUAGUUUUUUCAGUUUUUAUCACUAAUAUCAGUUUAGUUAUCCGAGUUAAACUUUCUUGUGUUCUUUGUUAGAUUUUCUCCAUUCGAGUUAACUUUCUUGUGUUCUUUGUUAGUUUUUCUCCAUUCAAGUUGAUUUUAUCUUCCAAUUAAAAUUUCUAGCUGAUCGUCAUCUCUAUUUUUAGCUGGGACAUAUUUCCUUUUAUUAGUUGUCCUUCUUCUGUCGAAACUUUCAAGCGUUCCUUCUGAAGUCUUUUCAAAAAACUGUCAAAAGUAGUUAUGGUGUGCCAAGCAGCAAGCCAGACGAGAUUUAAGGCUCAUAAACACGAGAAUGGGAUGGCUGGGAAAACUACCAUAAUUGUCAAAGUUAUAGCAUGCUUUCAACCUUUGCAAAAUUGCCAGGCUGAGUAUUUCCGUCACUUGCUGAAACCCGUUACUGACCUCGAAUCAUUUUCUGAGUUUGAUAUGAUUGUCAUUACCAUCUAUACAUUACCAGGGUUUUUCUUUUUCUUCGGUUGGAUGUUUACAGCCAAGGAAUCUCGAAAGAUAACCUAUUCAGAUCAGAUGGCACUUUUACAAAACGAUCGAAAUUAUAAUGUGCCGUUUUUUCCUCCAUCAAAGCUUACUGCCAAUGGUACUGCCUUUCUAGGGCAGUCUGCUUCAAAUAAUUUGCCUGUUCCGAACACAGGCCAAGAAAAAGCAGCUAAGUUGUCUUCAACUGAAAAUCCGUUAAUUCACAACAAGCCGACUGAUAAUGAUUCUCUGUGGGCCCCGCAGAAAAGGUUUCUCAUUUUCGAUCAAACAGGAAACCAGACGAAAUUGUUCUUCAGCCCUUCGUUUUCCCCCCAAAAUCAGAGUUUUCCCCCAACUGCUAAGGGCCCGUUUGGCGAAAUGGCAGCUGGGGUAAACACCGAAUUCUUGGCAAACCCGAUAUUCGAGGAAAAAUGGGACGAAAAUCAUUUGAGUGAUGGAGAAGGCGAGAAUGAUGUGCCCGAAGAUAGUGAUGAAAUCGACGCCUUGUUUUAUUCCGAUAGUGAAUUUGAUGAUAAAUAUGAUGAUGAUGAUGAUGAUGAUGAUGAUGUGGCGAGCACGGACCACACGCCAUUCACAAUUGAAGAGGGAUAUAAUAUUAAAGAGAAAUUAUUUGAGGAGCAAACAGAAAAUGUGGUUGAUUCGAAUGGCCCGCAGAAAAGACAAAAAUUGCUCGACGGCACUUUGAAUAAAUCAGUGGCUAUUUAUGGAAAUCCCUAUGUUGAUAAAGAAACCGAUUCGGUUAAGAGAGAAAAGAAGGUUAAAAUCCGUCAAGCAAUGGGAAUCUUGGAGAGUAUUAUUCCGGGCCUAAAUGUCAAGCACCCACUUUCCGUUAUCGAUAAGGCAAUUGUUUACUUGAAAUCGAUGAAAACCGAAGCCGAAGCCCUUGGACUCAGCUACUCCAGGGACGAAUCCGUCAUUUUCCCC